AUGGACGAUUCAUUUGUGGGCAAAAGCGGUGGCGAGAUCUUCCACGAGAUGAUGUUGCGACACGACGUCAAGCAUGUUUUCGGCUACCCUGGCGGUGCCAUUCUCCCUGUCUUUGAUGCGAUCCACGAGUCCACCUAUUUUGACUUUGUUCUUCCACGACACGAGCAAGGUGCUGGACAUAUGGCCGAAGGUUACGCACGAGCCACCGGCAAACCUGGCGUCGUGCUUGUGACUUCUGGCCCCGGCGCUACCAAUGUCGUGACAGCCAUGGCUGACGCCUUAGCCGACGGUACGCCUUUGGUUGUGUUCACUGGCCAAGUCGUUACCACUGCCAUUGGAACUGAUGCCUUCCAAGAAGCCGAUGUAAUUGGUAUUUCCCGCAGUUGCACCAAGUGGAACGUCAUGGUCAAGGAUAUCGCUGAACUCCCCCGAAGAAUCAACGAAGCCUUUGAGAUUGCAACCAGCGGCCGUCCUGGCCCCGUUCUUGUCGACUUGCCCAAGGACGUCACUGCCGGUAUUCUGCGACGACCCAUCCCUACCAACUCCUCCAUCCCCACCCGCCCAACUGCCAUCCCCAACACCGCCAUUGGCGCCUUUACCGAAGAAGUCACUGCUGCCAAACAAGAGCCCUUGCUGCAGCGAGCGGCAGAAUUGAUCAACAUAGCCAAGCGACCUGUCAUCUACGCCGGCCAGGGUAUCUUGAGCCAUCCCGACGGUACCAAGGUCCUGCGCGAACUCGCCGACAAUGGCAAUAUUCCCGUGACGACCACGCUUUGUGGCCUUGGCGCAUACGACGAGAUGGAUCCCAAGUCGCUUCACAUGCUUGGUAUGCACGGCUCUUGCUACGCCAACUUGGCCAUGCAGCACGCUGAUUUGAUCAUUGCUUUGGGCGCUCGUUUUGAUGAUCGUGUCACCGGCAUGGUCAGUGCAUUUGCUCCCGAAGCUGUCAAGGCCGCUCGCGAGAACCGUGGUGGUAUCUUGCACUUUGAAAUCAUGCCCAAGAACAUCAACAAGGUUGUCGAGGCCACCCAUGCUAUUGAAGGCGAUGUCACUGAAAACCUAAAGAAGAUCGUGCCCCAUGUCCAGUCCUCAGAGCGCAAAGAAUGGUUCGACACGAUUGCUGAGUGGAAGAGCAAGUAUCCAUUCUACUAUGACUUGCCUGCCAAUGACGAUGCUACUCUCAAGCCCCAGCAGCUGAUCGAGGAAUUGAACAAGCAGACGAUGGACAAGAAGGAGGAUGUGAUUGUGACCACUGGUGUAGGCCAGCAUCAGAUGUGGACUGCUCAGUUCUACCGCUGGCGCCAUCCCCGUACCUUCAUCACCUCUGGCGGCCUCGGUACCAUGGGCUAUGGUCUUCCCAGUGCCAUCGGCGCCAAGGUUGCCCAGCCAGACAAGAUCGUCGUUGAUAUCGACGGUGACGCCUCGUUCUCGAUGACUGCCAUGGAACUGGCCACUGCCGCCGAGUUUAACAUUGGUGUCAAGGUUCUCUUGCUCAACAACUCGUUCCAAGGCAUGGUCAAGCAGUGGCAAGAUCUGUUCUACGAGGAACGAUAUUCCGGCACUGUCAUGAAGAACCCUGACUUUUGCAAGCUCGCCGAGGCCAUGGGUGUCAAGGCCAUCCGUGUCACCAAGACCUCUGAGAUUCCCGAAAAGAUGGCCGAGUUCCUUGCCCAUGAUGGCCCCGUGCUGAUGGAUGCCGUUGUGUGCAAGCACGAACAGUUGUUCCCCAUGGUCCCUGCCGGCAAGGCCCUGGAUGAUUUCAUCGUCCAUCCCAAGAUCAAGGCUGGUCUUACCCAGUAA